AUGUCACCUUCCAAUGUGACAGCAAAUUUUCAGUGCACGUGAAGAACAAACUUAUUAAAGCUAACAAAUCCCUACAUAUCCUUAGAACGCUGCGCAAAGAAGGGUACAAUCAGUCAGAAAUAGACCUUCUCUUUAAUACUAUAGUUCUACCUAAGAUUAAUUACGCAUUAUCUGUCUACGCCGCGUCCGAGUCCGAUCUUACACCCGUACAAUGUUUCUUAGACCGCUGUUUUAAAACGAAAUAUACGUCUAAGCCUGUAAGUGUUUAUGAUUUCUUAGAGAGGCAAGACCGUAAAAUUUUCAAAAAAGUUUUUAAUGCCAAAGGACAUCCACUUUUAUCUAUUAUGCCUCGUGUUAAACCCUCCAGCUACAAUCUUAGAAAAGAAACCAGUUUUAAACCUAAGAUUAACACUAUGCGCUUUAAAAACUCUUUUAUUAAUCGUUUAGUUUUUAAAUAUGAAUUAGCUAUGUAAUAUACUAGCUAUAUAUACCGGUAUAUAUUUUUUAUUUCUUACUUUUUAACUUUUUAAAUUUCUUACACUUACUUGUAACAAAAGAUAUGUAUUUUUAUCUCUUGAUGAAUAAAGACUUUAUUUAUAUUUAUUUAUUAUUUAUUCAAUCAACCCAGACUAAGAACACCUGGUAUAAUUUAUCCUUUGGUGGAACUGAUAGCAUGCCACGAUGCAGCUGCCCAGAUUUUAGCCGUACUGGUUUCCUUUGUAAACACUUCUUUGCUGUUUUUGAGCACAGGGAUGACGGGAAAUGGGAUGCUCUACCUAAAAGCUAUAGAGAAAACCCAUAUCUCUGUCUUGAUGACACCAUCGUGUUUGGUACUAUCCAGAAUAAUGACACCAUAAGUGAGGAAACAGAUGACCCUCCUUACCUUGCCACACACUGUGAAAAAGAAAAGCGUUCAGUCCAGACAUCAGAGAAGGAAAUAACACAAGAAACAGCCAAAUGCAGGGAGGUGCUAAAACAACUGUCAUGCCUGACUUACAAUAUUGGUGAUGUGGAGGUCCUGAAAGAGCUUGGAAGCUCCCUACAAGCAUUACAUAGGAAGUUCUCUUCUUACCACCCAACAGAUGACAAGGUGGAGACCACACCCUUUACAGAGAAGAAAAGAAAAAAUGAGGAAAAUGUUGAGAAAAAACAAAAAAAUACCUACCUCUACCAGUACGACGAAAAAGAAACCCAUUUACCAACAGAGUUGGCAAGCAAGCCUCCACCAUGCGUAGCCAAUAUUUUGUCCAUGUGCCAGUGA